AUGAUCGAGGCACUCGCAGCAGCUUACGGAAUCGACCCCGAUGGACCGAUCAAGGGAGUUGACACGAAGAAUUUGAUGGGAGGACCCGCAUCUGUGGCCGUUCAAUCGAUUGUUUCAUCACACGCACAACCAACAAAGCCUCCACCACCACAAUCAUCUCAAUCGGCUCCUCAAAAGGCAACACAAGCUCCCCCUCGUCCACCACCAGCUGCGUCUGCCAGUAAGGCACCCGAGGAAACAGCGGCUGCGAUGUUUGGAGCGUUGAAGGGUGGCGGACUUUCAUUGCUGAAGAACUUCAAGGAAAAGACAGCGGCUGUCGUGUCGACUGUUCAGAGCACUUACGGAAGCAAGGGUCCCACGAUCACCCAAAUUACUUCACGGCUUUUGUUGGCGCCGAUUUUAGAGGGAGUGCCCGAUGUUUUAGCUCAUCAGGCGGAAGAAGCCUUGAAGUCACAUCUUGCAAUGGCUAGACGGCCUUACUUGGUGAUCAAUUUGAGUACCAGGGAUCUCCGUUGUGAGUACUCUCUACGCCCACAUUCCGAACCGAUGAACUCUCCGUGUACUUCUGUGCCUCCAUCGUUGGAUGCGGCUAUUCGCGUGGCAAAGACUGCUGGCCGCUACUUGUCGCACGAUAAAAAUGGGAUGAUUGUUUUGUAUGGAGUUGAAGAAAACUGCAUUUUGAUGGCUGCUGCGCUCUUGCUUUACUUCAAACUCUGCAUUCGACCGUAUCAAUGCUUUGAGAUCAUCAACAAGAGCCGUGCUGAUCAGGUGAUGCCCGAAUUGCCCCCAUCUUACCACAACUUGCUCGACGCUGUCGUAAUGCUUGCCUAUCGAGAGAUUAAAGACAUUGCAUCGAAAAUCCACAACAAGACGAUUGAAUUGACGUCUCUGUCGAUUGCUCCAAUUCCGGCAAUCAAUCGAUCGGGUACCGGAUGUCGUCCACUUGUUGAAGUCUUUGUCGGUGACACGAAAGUCUUUGCCACUGCGCAGAGAUACGAUGAAACAACAGAAUUCCAAAAAGAGCUGGGUUAUGCGAGGCUCGAGUUGGGAAACACGGCGAUCAACGAUGAAGUGACGGUGAUUGUCAGCCAUGCUAGGCACUCUUCAUUGCAUGGAAGCAUGAGCUUGGUGCCCAUCUUCACUUUCAAUUUCAAUCCCCGUUUCUUGGACGGCCAAACAACUAGCCUAGUUUUCCCCAAACAUCAGCUAGAUGUUGACAAAGAUGCGGAUCAGAAAAUGGACAGUGGAUUCAAGGCUUCUCUGAACAUUCAAUACGGUAACGGUUCGCUUGGAGGUCUACCCGAUUCUUUCCGCUAUGAUGAAGAGAAUUGCUCUCGAUCGGCGAAUAUGUUUAGCGAUAGUCACGAAUAUGGAGAAGCUCUUCGUCUCCUUGAUGCCGCCUCGCCAACCGAGCUCCCCGAUUUCCCUUCAUUGCCCGGUCAUACCUCUUUCAAAAACAAAGCCACUCCAUCGAGACCACCAGCUCCAGCAUCAGCUCAAGCAAAAGAACAGAAACAACCCAAACAAGAUCAGCAUCCAGCUUUCUUUAGUUCGCUAUUUUCUGGCGCUCCAGCGCCGUCCGUUUCACCGACACCGAGAACGGAGCCAUUGUCAACGAUCACCACAAGACCACAGCAAAUGCCGAAGAAUGAGAAGUUUGAUGAGGCCGAGAUGUACGAGCGAAUGGCCGGGAUUCGAGUGGGAGCGGAAGUUGAACAGGAGGAUGAGACGCCGAUCUUUGACAACCGAUCCACCAACAUUCCAUCAACCCAACCAGAUGUUUUUGAUCUUUUGGGAAGUGAAGACAAUUUCCCUACUGCUUCUAAGUCUUCAAGCCAAACUAUCUCAUCGAGUGCACCGUUUGAUCCAUUUGCCGAGCUUCUUACAGAUCAAAAGCAAUCGACACCGACUCAUAGCAGCUCCGCUCGAUCACCGGCGCCUCAAUCGGAUCUGCUAAAUUGGGACACACCAUUGGCUCCAUCAUCAACAACUGGAAUGCAUCGUAAUGCAUCGGCUCCCGUCUUUCAACAACAGCAACAGCCAGCCGCCGCUUCUUUUGAUCCAUUUGCCGAUUUCUUAGCCACAACGAGUGAUCCUGCUAGCAAACCAGCUUCUGGUGCCAACUCUGGAAGAAGUACUCCCGCACAAGCUCGCCCAAACUACAAUCGUUCUUUGUUUGAGAAUAUGAGUGGUCAAUCGAAGAAACCUGGCGUGAAUGCUUUUGAAGAUCUUCUGUCCGCCCACAAUUUCACCUCGUCCAAUGCGAACAGAAAUCGGACAAUGGCGGACAUGAGACGAGAAGAAGACGUCAGAGGAAUGGAUCCGGUCUCAAUUAAGAUUCGAGAUUGGACAUCGGGAAAAGAGCGAAACAUUCGUGCUCUACUCGGUAGUCUCAAUGAAGUGCUUUGGGAUGGUGCCGCUAAAUGGGAACAAACAUCAAUGGCUUCACUAUUGACAGCAAAUGAGGUGAAAAAGAGUUAUCGCAAAGCUUGCCUCGUCGUGCAUCCGGACAAACAGACUGGACAACCCCAUGAAGAGCUUGCCCGGGCCAUCUUCACCGAAUUAAACGACGCUUGGAGUGCAUUCGAGGCAGCCGGACAACCAUCGCUC